GGCUUUCCGGCACACCCACAAACAGCCCAGCCGCAGGAGUCGGUCUGCAUUCCUGCCACCGACUACUGCUGGGUGCUGCCCCCAGCCCCACACUUGGAAGAGCUGGAAAGCGGGGCCCGCAGGUGCCGGACUCCAGCCAUGCUGGCGCUGCUGUGUGCCUCCUGGUUCCUGGUGGCCUGUGCCUCGGACGCCAGUUUGAGCACGGAGGAGCAGAUCCGCGACAUGCACGCCAAAGUGACGGAGAUCUGGCAGGAGGUGACAGGGGGGCGGGCGCCGGACGGUGGCCAGGACCCCGCACUCCACGCCAUCUGCCGGGUGCGGCCAUCGGCCUCACUGGGCGCGGAGCAGCCGCAGGUCACAGGCUUGGUGCUCUUCCGGCAGCCUGCGCCCCGCGCCCAGCUCGAGGCCUUCUUCAGUCUGGAGGGCUUCCCGCCCGAGCCCAAUGGCACCAAACGCGCCAUCCACGUGCACCAGUUCGGGGACCUGAGCCAGGGCUGUGGGUCCACCGGGCCGCACUACAACCCGCUGGGUGUGCAGCACCCUCAGCAUCCGGGCGACUUUGGCAACUUCGCCGUGCGGGACGGCAGCCUCUGGAAGUACCGCUCCGGCCUCGUCGCCUCGCUCAGCGGCCCGCACUCGAUCGUGGGCCGAGCGGUGGUGGUGCACGAGGGCGAGGACGAUCUGGGCCGCGGCGGCAACCCGGCCAGCCUGGAGAACGGCAACGCGGGCCGCCGGCUGGCCUGCUGCGUGGUGGGUCUGUGCGGGCCUGGGCCCUGGUCGCUCCUGGCGCAGGAGCGCAGGAAGCGGCGGCGGGACAGUGAGUGCAAGACAGCCUGAUCGCGGUGGAGAGCUCCCGCGCGCCCCAGAGCCCCUCUACGCCCUGACACCCCUUCUGGAGCCCCGAGAUCCCCUCCGUGUGCCCCAAGACCCUGCCCCCACCUUGAUUUUCUCCCUCUGCUCCCAGAGACACCCUCUACCCUGCGGUCCCACUACCACCAUGGCUGAGGUGUCCCCAGAAGUCCCCCUGAGUUCUCCAACCAGGUAUGCUGAACCACCUGCCUGCAUCCAGAGGGCAGCCCAACCCCCUCCCCCAGCUCUGAGAACCCCCAGAGGUACACCCCUCCAUCGAACACAUACCCCACCUUCCUUGAAGAUCUCCUAGACUCUUGAGGCUCCUUUCUACCUUGACACCCCGACCCUCACCCCAUGAGCCCUGAGACACCUCUCUGCCCUAAGGACUCACCCAACCCCCACCCCUUACAUUCCUCCUAUGCUCUCUGAGACCCUGCCUGAGGUUGCCCAGGAUCCGGGCCUCCCCACCCACCACCACCAUGUGGCCCUGCCAGCACAUGCCGUCUUCAGCUGCUCUUGGCACCCUGCCACCCUGCGGAGAGCAGAUAGAUACCCUUUGGGGCUGUUUGCCAAUCUUCACGUUGCACAUUAAAAACAGCAGCUCUGUAUUGCA